UCAUGAUACCUGUAAUUAAUUGGGAGUCCUUGUUCCUUUAUCAUGCGUGUUUCUGUUUCCGAGCUUGAACACCCUUCUUCAUCAUCAACUACAUUGCACUCAUCCACCACUUCUCUCUUUCAGAUCCAAAAUCUUUUCUUUUUCUCACUCCCACUUCUUCAUUCUAACCUCUGGAAUUCGCUUCUUCAAUUUCCCUCUUUGUCCAUUUCCUUUUCUUGUGUCUCUGUAUAUUAUUUUUUAUUCGUCCCCUUUAGCCCUGUUAGUGAUUAUCGCCACAAGAUUAGUUUUUUCGGCUGGUUCUAUGCUUAAUUCAUUAGACUAGCUCGUUCUCCUACGUGAUCUCUAACUGGGCAUUUCAACUACACUUUUGGUACCACCGCCAAAUUGUCUAUGUUGCUCUUGUUUCAAUUUCCGUGUUCUCCGCCCCUUGUACAAUACUGUGUAGUGUAUAGUACAUUCCUUUGUCACAACCGUGGUUGAUUUUAGCUACCAAAUUUUACUAGGUCUGCCUUCGUAUUAUUGAGCUCUAAAGUUUUUUUUUUAUUCUUCUUAAUUUAUCCUCUUUUUCUAUUUUUUAUUUUGCACUUUUAUUUGACUUUUGCAUUUUGAUCAUCCCUCGUGAUCCGGAGAUUCUUUUGCCAUUCUAAAUUUACUGGAAGUGGGAGUUUAGUGAUUUGAAUUUGGGUUACGGUUGGGUUGUUCAAUCAUAAUCGAGUUUUAUGCUUAGUUUCCAAUAUGCCUCAUGAUCAGAGAAAAAAGUCAUCUGUAGAUGUAGACUUCUUUACAGAAUAUGGCGAAGGGAGUAGAUACAGAAUAGAGGAAGUGAUUGGUAAAGGAAGCUAUGGUGUUGUUUGCUCUGCUUAUGAUACACACACAGGAGAGAAGGUUGCAAUAAAGAAAAUCAAUGACAUAUUUGAACACGUUUCUGAUGCCACCCGCAUUCUUCGGGAGAUCAAGCUUCUUAGACUCUUACGCCAUCCUGAUAUUGUGGAGAUCAAGCAUAUUUUAUUACCUCCUUCUAGAAGGGAGUUCAAAGAUAUAUAUGUUGUAUUUGAACUUAUGGAAUCUGAUUUACAUCAGGUCAUCAAAGCAAAUGAUGAUUUGACUGCAGAGCAUUACCAGUUUUUUCUCUAUCAGCUUCUUCGAGGCUUAAAGUAUAUACACACAGCAAAUGUUUUUCACCGAGAUCUGAAGCCGAAAAAUAUUUUAGCAAAUGCUGACUGCAAACUGAAGAUUUGUGACUUUGGUCUUGCCAGAGUGGCUUUCAAUGAUACACCGACUGCUAUAUUUUGGACAGAUUAUGUUGCUACACGGUGGUAUAGGGCUCCUGAAUUGUGUGGAUCCUUUUUCUCCAAGUAUACCCCAGCUAUAGACAUAUGGAGCAUUGGCUGCAUUUUCGCAGAACUUUUAACUGGGAAACCUCUUUUUCCAGGGAAGAAUGUUGUCCAUCAAUUGGACCUCAUGACUGAUUUUCUUGGAACACCCUCUCCUGAAGCCAUUGCUAGGGUACGGAAUGAGAAAGCUCGAAGAUACUUGAGUAGUAUGCGCAAGAAGAAGCCAGUUCCUUUCUCUCAAAAGUUUCCCAAUGUAGAUCCCCUUGCUCUUCGGGUUUUAGAAAGAAUGUUGGCAUUUGAACCUAAGGAUCGACCUACUGCUGAAGAGGCUCUAGCAGAUCCAUAUUUUAAAGGCUUGGCAAAAGUUGAGAGAGAGCCUUGUUCUCAGCCAGUUACCAAGAUGGAGUUUGAAUUUGAGAGACGUAGGAUAACAAAGGAAGACGUGCGAGAGCUUAUAUACCGAGAGAUUCUGGAGUACCAUCCAAAGAUGUUAAAAGAACAUCUAGACGGAGAAGAGCCAACAGGAUUCAUGUAUCCAAGUGCCGUGGACCAUUUCAAAAAACAAUUUGCAUAUCUUGAAGAGCAUUAUGGAAAAGGUGGAACUGUUACUCCACCUGAGAGGCAACAUGCAUCAUUACCCAGGCCAUGUGUGUUGUAUUCAGAUAACGAAAGGCAAAAUAUGGCAGUGGUUGCGGAUGAUCUCUCCAAGUGUAGCAUCAAAGAAGUUGAGAAGCCAGCGAUAGACAAGACCGGUGGUAUCCCAAUGACCAGGCUUCCUUUACCAGCUCCUCAAAAUAUUAAAGGUGUUGCAGCACGUCCAGGAAAAGUUGUAGGUUCAGUACUGCAUUACAACAACAGUAGGGUGGCCGAGACUGAGCAGCGGAAGACGGGUAAAAACCCGUCUGUUUCAGCCAAGUAUGCUGCUCAAAGCUGUUCAUACCCAAGAAGAAACCCAAACUGUAAAAUUGAGAGGGCAGUUGAAGGAAUUGAAGGUGCUAAUGGACUUCAGACAAAGCCUCAAUAUCUUGCACGCAAAGUUGCUGCUGCUCAAGGGGGACCUGGUGGUAGUUGGUAUUGAUUUUGAAAAUGUUGAAUUUAUGCCCUGCAAUUGCUUUGUGCCAUCAUAUUAGGGUUUGUUGUUCAUACAGAACCAGAUCAAUCAAUCAUCUGAAUUGAACAAAGAUAGGAGUGGCCAUAGCAUCAACAACAUCAAUCAGUGAGAGAGAUAUAGGGAUUAUAAUCUAAAGAAGUCUCCAGCUGGAAGUUUGGAAGGUUCAACAUGGUGCAAUUCUUUCUGUCUAGUUCGUUACCAACAGAGAAGGAAUGAUCUGACAAGCAUGGAAUGAAGGCAAUGCAGCUGCUGCUGCUGCUUAUUUGUGGUGUUCACUUGCAGAAUAUAAGUGAUUUGUAUUGUCUUGGUCAAACAAUCCCAUCUUUCUCUGUUUCUUCAGGUCAGGUUUGAGGCUGACUCUCUUCCAGAGUUUAAUUAAUAAUUUGUAUCCUUAAUUGUUAAUUGAAUGAAAUAUUGUAAACUUGUUUUAAAUUUAA